GCGUUUACUCCACCUAUCGGCGCAUUUUACUGUGAAUUUACCGCCUGAGACCCGGUGAGGUUGGUGGAUUUACUCCUGCACUUACACCGGUGGCUUUUAUUCUGCAUUCGGACCGUUUGAUGAGUUAAAUAACAGGGACCGCAUGUGUUCACCACGAUGAGGGUCUAUCAUAUUUCCCAUCUGCUGUGAAAAUGACCUUUACGUGGAUCAGAACAGACGGAAAGUUGGACGGAGGAAGUUGAAGUAAAGUGAAUAUUAGCCAGCAGCGCUAGCACCGCAACUUAAACGACACUUAUUUGGCAUUUUCAUUCUGUUUGAUUCAAUAUAGUGGUGAUGUAAACGUGUAAAUAGUGUUUAUAGUCAACUUACUGCGUUAUGUUUUUUGUGUCGCCCUGCUUUUUGUUUUUAGUAGAGUGAGUUUAUUAGCUUGCCUUGCUAGCUGUCAUUUGAACUACCUCUGAAGUCAGGAUAUGUUGUUUGCCAGAUUAUUUACCACUUUCAGUAUAUUUUACGUUCGUUUACUCGCAAAAUAUUAACAUUAAACUUUAUUUUUGUAUCGUGUAAACAACAUUUCACACAGUAGUCGUUCAGUGGAGAUGUCAGUCAUUACAUUUAACUGUUAACGUUGUCUCAAAUGUUUCUUCUAGAACUUAGCAGAAACAAAUAUUGACUCAAAUGAGACAAUUGUUGAGUAUGAGACAACAGUAAGAGUAUAGUUUGUUGACAUUAAUGUGUAUGGCAUAACUCAGAUCAGAACAAAUAUCUGAGUUUACUUAUGUUCUCAAACUCUAGAGGAGUACGAUUGCAGGGUCUUAUUAAGAACAGAAUUAUGCUUUAUUUUGUAUGAGAAUCAAUACAAAUUGUCAAUCCAAAGAUAAAAGAAAAGAGUUACACACAAGUUUCCACUUUUCUCCAUUUAAUUUCUUUGCUGUCUCUGAAACUAUUGACAUUUCCAAUAGAAUGUGUUAGUUUGACAUGCUGUCAAUUUGCUGAAAUCGCAUUUAUAUUAGUUUACAUGAAUAGAUAUCCAUAUAGCUGUAUACAUUAGCAACCUGCUUUUCAAAAACCUUCAUUUUGUAUUGAUAAGCUACAAACAAAAUGUCUGUGUACUCAAAACUGCCCUCCCAGCUGAAAAACCCCCUUGUGAAAAAGACCAUUCUCCUUCUUGUUGCGCUGUAUGGGGCGAAGAAACUUUCCCCUUACGUAUAUGGCAAGCUGAAAGGAAGGACUGGUAAACAGGUUAAGGAUACUGACCUGGUUACCUCCAAUGGAGAACCCGAAGAAGUGGAAGCUGCAAGGAAAAAGAAAAGCUCCCCAGCUGUGAACCGCGAAUUCUUCGAGAGGUUGAUUCGUCUCUUGAAAAUCCUCUUUCCUCGGCUUUUCUGCAAAGAACUUGGCCUGCUCGGUUUCCACUCUCUAGCUCUCAUUUCACGCACCUUUCUCUCCAUCUAUGUAGCCAAUUUGGAUGGGCAAAUUGUGAAAACCAUUGUGAAGAAAGACCCCAGGGCGUUUGUGGUUGAGUUAACAAAAUGGCUGCUCAUUGCCAUUCCGGCCACGUUUGUGAACAGUGCCAUCCGUUACCUGGAGGGUCAGCUCAGCCUGGCCUUCCGCACCCGGUUGGUCACCCAUGCCUACAUGAUGUAUUUCAAUGAUCAGACAUAUUACCGUGUCAGCAACAUGGAUGGCAGGUUGGCAAACCCUGAUCAGUCCUUGACUGAAGAUGUGGUGAUGUUUGCUGCCUCUGUGGCUCAUCUGUACUCUAACCUGACCAAGCCGAUCCUCGAUGUGGUGGUAACCUGUUACACACUCAUUAAAACUGCUGAGUCGAAAGGUGCCAGCACCACUUGGCCCGUCAUCAUAGCUGGCUUUGUGGUGGCACUUACUGCCAAGGUUCUGAGAGCGUUCUCCCCACGCUUUGGUAAACUUGUGGCAGAGGAAGCCAGGAGGAAAGGCGACCUUAGAUACAUGCAUUCUCGCAUCAUCGCCAACUCAGAGGAGAUUGCCUUCUAUGGAGGACAUAAGAUCGAGAUGUUGCAGCUGCAGAGGAGCUACACGGCGCUGUCCGAGCAGAUUAACCUGAUCCUGUUCAAGAGGCUGUGGUAUGUCAUGCUGGAACAGUUCCUGAUGAAAUAUCUCUGGAGCGCAUCGGGCCUGGUUAUGGUCGCUGUGCCCAUCAUCACUGCCACAGGAUACUCUAAAUAUGAUUCAGAGGAUGUGAAACAGGCAGCCCUGGUGAUGAAGGAGGAGGACUUGGUGAGUGAACGCACACAGGCUUUCACAACGGCCCGGAACCUUCUGAACGCUGCAGCUGAUGCUGUGGAGAGGAUCAUGGUCUCCUACAAAGAGGUCACAGAACUGGCUGGAUAUACGGCUCGUGUGUAUGAGAUGUUCGAGGUGUUUGAGGAUGUGCGUGUCGGGGUGUACCGCCGUUCGGCCACAGAGGUCAAGCCAGAAGAGACAGGAGCGGCUCAGAAUGUGACGCAUGGCAUGAGAGUGGAGGGACCGCUGCAAAUAAGAGGUCAGGUGAUUGAUGUGGAACAGGGUAUCAAAUGUGAAAACCUGCCAAUAAUAACUCCUACAGGGGAUGUGGUGGUUUCCAGCCUGAACAUACAGGUUGAUGAAGGCAUGCAUCUGCUGAUCACGGGCCCCAACGGUUGUGGAAAAAGCUCUCUGUUCAGAAUCCUAAGUGGCCUCUGGCCCGUCUACAGCGGAGUGCUCUACAAGCCUUCACCCGAGCACAUGUUUUACAUACCUCAAAGGCCUUAUAUGUCGGUGGGAACGCUGAGAGAUCAGGUCAUCUAUCCUCACUCUGUUCAGGAGAUGCAGGAGAAGGGCAUUUCUGACCUGCAGCUGGAGGACAUACUCAAAACUGUGAACCUCUGCUACAUCCUGGAGAGAGAGGGAGGUUGGGAUGCACUGAACGACUGGAAGGAUGUGUUGUCUGGAGGAGAGAAGCAGCGGAUGGGCAUGGCCAGGAUGUUUUACCAUAAGCCUCAAUACGCCCUCCUAGACGAGUGCACGAGUGCUGUGAGUAUUGAUGUGGAGGGCAAAAUCUUUGAAGCUGCAAAGGAUGCUGGGAUUGCGCUUCUCUCUAUUACACACCGUCCUUCUCUCUGGAAGUACCACUCCCACCUGCUGCAGUUUGAUGGCGAAGGCGGCUGGCGCUUUGAGAAGUUGGACGCCUCCACGCGUAUUUCCCUGCAGGACGAGAAGCUUCGGCUCGAAACCCAGCUCUCGGGAAUUCCUAAGAUGCAGCAGCGGCUGGUAGAGCUGUGCCGCAUUCUGGGGGAGGACAGCAGCCUGCCGAACCCAGGGGAAGUGGAGGAGGACGACGGGAUGGAGGGAGAGAGGGAACAACUAAAGGAGGUGGAGGAGGAGGAGAGAGAUGUGGUAUCUGCUAGAAAAGGGAAAGACCUUAUGGAGUGAUUUGAAGAUAAUGACGGAUGUUUUCGAGGCCAGGUGUGAGCGUGUUUGUGUGUGUGUGUUUUGUGUGCAUAUAUCAACCCACACAUGCUUUAGAGGCAUGUAUUGAGUUAACAAUGUGUUUCUAGUAGGGUUGGGAAUCAAGAACUUAAUCAGAACCAGUUCCUUUUUUAUAAAGAAAUACCACAACAGGAAUCAUUUUAAGGAGGUUUGAUUUCAUUAAUGGUUCUAGAACGUUUACAUUCCACACCGAUUCAGAAGAAACACUAAUAAAAUAUGCAAAACAUGCAUCAGAGCCACUUUAAACCACCAUUUUCUGUCAGCUGUGCAUGAGAAUUUAAGUGUAAUUAAUUUAAAAGGUCUGUGAAAACAGCUUUUCGUGGUAAAGGUUGCUUCUGUGCGGCUUUGCAGUGGAAAGAUGGCUUAAAACUUUCUUUUUCACAGUUGUUUUGAUUACAUUUAGGGUUGUGAGCCAUUCAGAGUUGAAUUCAGAAUGUUAGGAAGUUGAAUUAAAAUGAAUUGAAAUUUAGAAUUUCAAGAAAUUUAUGUAACUGCCAGUUUUACUUAAAAGUUGUCAAGAAUGUUUUGGAAAAAAAAGUUUUGGAAGUUUAAAAGCCAUGCAGACAGAAAAUGAUUAGAGUCCCCUGCAGUCAAUGAUUUUAUCCUUUAAAACUCAUCUUUGAUAAUCAAGAUGACAUGUUUAAACAUUUUCUUCCUGUGAAAAUAAUUUCUUCAUGUCUUAAAAUAGCUUGAAUGUAACUCUACACCUUUGCUUCAUUUAGUAUACGUAGACUCAUGAAUAUGCAAAUUAGUCCCUGCUUCCACUCAGUCACACCUGCUCGGACAACCUGAUCCACUCGGUCAACUGUGGUAAAAGCUACACAAUGGCAAGUGGAAAUACAGGUUUAAUUCAGCCAUAUACUGUAUGUUUGAACCAGAAACUGAUUCAGAAGAAGAAGUGGAAGAGUGAAUUAUACAGGCUCGUCUACAAGAAUAGUAAUGCGUAUUAUGUAUUGCUCUCUACAACAUCGGACACAUAGUGGUAAUUGAAAUGAUUAGCCUUUAGCUUGACUACGUUAUCAAACAGCUAAUAAUGUGUUGCUAAUGUUACACAAACCAUGUUCCCAUGUUCAGAGUCAGACAGCUGCCUUCUAAAAUCUUUUACAAUCAUUCAUUCUUUCUGCCUCAAAAUUACUAAAAGAAUCAUUAACAGAACCGUUUAGGAAUCAGAAUCGGAAUCAGAUUCCCAUCUCUAGUAUGUAGACAGAAAACGCACAGUGAACACUUCAAAGAUUUUGUUAGCUGUACAAAGACAGUGCAGUUAGAAAGUGUUUGUUUAUGUAUGUGAAUGUGUGUGUGUGUGUCUAGCACUCGAGUCUGGGUGUGUUUUGGGGGAGGGAGUGGGAGACAGCUGCCAACUCCACCAGGUGCGGUCGAUGAUGAAAGCACCUAUGAAAGCUGUUCCUCAUGCUCGUUAUCGCUGUUCUCUGAAGAAUUCUCUGGAAAUCUGCGGGACCCAGGCGGCGUGUGCGUCUGCGUGUGUCUUUAGGGAAAGGGUGACAGUCGAGUUUGGGUUCUGCUGUUUUGUAUCAGUUCAGCGGUGGUAUUGUCAAACUUCUAAGGAGUCGCCAAGAAUGCUGUAGCUCAAAACCGUUCCAUGUUUUAAUGCGAAAUCAAAAAGGGCAAAUUUGUCCUCAGUGUAGAUAGUAAACGUCUUUGCUUUAAUGCAAUUCUAAUUCAUAUUUAGACCGUGACCACAUCUUACAUGCACAUCAAUAUCAGGAUUGAUUAUAUGUACAGUAUGCAUCAUGUAACCUUGCAAACGUGUUUGCCGUAACUUACGCUGCGUACAUGUACAGUAGUGGCCAAAAGUGAUGUCCGGCCUAGGAAAAUGGACAUCUUCACCUUUUAUUUUAAUAUUAUUACAAAUUUGUUAAAGAUUUUGCAAGCAUAUUGCAUAGUUUUGCUUGAAGUAAAUUGUUUAUUUGUAGUAACACAAUGAAACAUGCCAAAUUGUGCCGACAUAAUUUUUGGCCAGGCUGUCAUACAAAGAGAUUAUGAACACAUGCAAAAAUGAGAGAACCAACGAAAUAUUAAUAACUGAUGAUAUUGUAGUCAGUGUAUGCUUUUUCCUGUGAGCUUUUUGAGCAUUUUUUAUGCCUUUUUUGCCAAAUACCUUAACCAAGUUUAGUGUUUUGUUUUUCCUUCGUAUUUAAAAUAGAUAGAUAGAUAGAUAGAUAGAUAGAUAGAUAGAUAGAUGGAUAGAUAGAUAUAUUAGUGGUGUCAAAUGAUUAAUCACGAUGUUAUGACCCUACAAGCUUGAUUAAACAAUCAAAAUGGGAGGAAUAUAUAUAUAAUAUAUAAUAGUGCUGUCAAACAAUUAAUCGCAAUUAAUCGCAUCCAAAAUUGUUCCAAGUUUGUGUUUACAUAAUACAGUAUAUGUGUGUGUACUGUGUAUAAUUAUUAUGUAUAUAUAAAUACACACACAUGCAUGUAUAUAUUUAAGAAAAAUUUGUUUUAUUUAUAUAUAAUUUAAAGUAUAUAAAUAUAUAUACAGUAUAUGCAUGCAAAUAUUACACUAUAUACAUGUAUGUGUGUGUAUUUAAAUAUAGUACACACACAUAUAUUAUGUAAACACAAACUUUUAUUUUGGAUGCGAUUAAUUAAUUAUAAUAAAUAAAUAUAUAUUUCUCCCAUUUUGAUUGUUUAAUCGAGUUUGUAGGGUCAUAAAAAAUAAAAAUCCCCUCCGGACAUCACUUUUGGCCACUUCUGUAUAUAGGAAUAUCUGAAUAACAUGUAAACAUCUUUUCCGUGACAAUGUGCAUGUAAAUGUGGUCAAUAAGAAAUUUCUCAUUUUAAAAAUGUAGCUUUUUUUCUUUAAACAAUCAGCGAGAAGCACCUUAUUAAAUUUCUUUUUUAUCUUCAUAAGACAGACAUCAGUUGAACCUCACUCUCUAAUUAUGUCAAUUAGAGGAGAUCAUUUUUUCUAUUAAUUAAACUUUUAUGCUCUAAUUUUGUACAAAAAGCCAGAGGGUAGGACUGAUACGUCUUUUUCGAAAUGAAAAACUAGAGCUUGAUUGUGUUCGUCUGAGCGCAGGGCCUGAAGGAGCGCCUGUGGACACAUGAUUAAAUCAGCUCUGGUUUAGCCCAAGGUGAUGCCGUCUGAAAUGUGUAUUAGUGUUAGUUGUAGGGUGAUGACCGCUAGGGUUAAUCUUAACAUUAACCAGACCUCUUCCAACCGAGACAUUUCUUUAAAGUGUCCUUAGAAUUUCAAUCCUUUAUGUAACAUUUCAAAGUGCUUUUGUCUCUUGUUGUGUGCUGACUUCAGAAGUCAAUCACUUGAAAGACGUUUCACACUCGUAACAUUUAAUUACUGCUUUAAAAGAAAUUUCCAUUCAAAAGAAAAAUCUGUCCACAAUAUUUGUAUGACAUUGAAUUUCAUGUCUGUAUUUCUUCCUAAAAUAUUUUAUAAUGUGAGAUUUUGCACAGAUGAUUUUGUAUCUUGAACCACGAUUUGAUGAUCUUUUCAUUGCAAUGAUUAUUUGUAAGACAUUUCAAGCUAACAUCUUACCUUUCCUAAUGCAAACUAUUUUGUGUUGUGUUUUCUUUAGGUAUGACUAUGAUAGAAGCGAUUGCAAUGUAAUUGAUUCAAUUUGGACCCUUUGCACAUUUGCCUGAAUUAAAAAAUGUAAUUCUGCAAUCUAAUAAAACAUUUCCUAUUGAAAACCUC